AUGGACCUCUCACAGCUCACCCAAAAGACCCUCCAGGUCUCACGAGGAUUCACCUACACCUACUACACAUCCCCUCCCCAGAAAUCCAAGCCCACUCUCGCCCUCUUCCACGGCUGGCCCGACUCAGCCAAACUCUGGGCAGGCCUGAUCAACGAUCAUCUCAUCCCACACGGCUACGGUGUCUUCGCCCUUGACUGCCUCGGCUAUGGCGGUUCAUCCAAGCCCACCGACCCGAAGGCGUACGGCUGGCAGCACAUGACGGCCGACAUUGUCGAGAUCCUCGACGCCGAAAACCUCGACCAGGUCAUCUCUCUGGGCCACGACUGGGGCAGCGCCCUCGCCCAGCGUCUCUACAACUUCCACCCCGCCCGGGUCUCGGCGCUCGUCAUGGUGAACGUCACAUACAUGCCCCCGAUGGGCGACUUCGACCUCGACACAGUGAACAACAUCACCCGCCAGGUGUUCGGCGCAGGCCUCUUUGAGUACUGGCACCUUUUCGCCGCGGACGACGGGCCCGGCCUGAUGAACCGCAACCUCGAGGCCGUGUACUGCGCGGCUUUCGGCGACCCGGCCUCUUGGCGUGACACCUUCACCAGCCCCGGCGGCAUGCGCAGGUGGGUGACGGAGGGCAAGACGCAGCCCACGCUCCCGUACGCCACAGCCGAGCACAAGGCGGACUUUAUGGAGCGCCUCGGCAAGGAGCCCGGGUUUGAGGCGCCGCAGUGCUGGUACAAGUCCAUGGUCGCCAAGGUGCAGAACGAGGCGGACAAGUUGAUCGCCGAAGAUGCCGUGGCGGUGAAGGUGCCGACGUUGUACUGGGGCGGCGAGCAGGAUGCCGUUUGCAGGCCUGCAGGUCUCCAGCCGAGUAUCGAGGCUGGGCUUUUGCCUCAUACUACAAUCCAACAGAGAGCAAUGACUGGUUAUGCUCGCAGUCAGACCGCUGGCAGAUUUCCGUACCGGCCCCUGAGCCCACUAGAGAAAGAGAUCCGCCUCAUUGAGGUUGAUCCUCUCCACAAGAUCGACACACAAUCGCCGGUCCGCUGUCGUUUGAAGCACGCCAGUCUGUACACUAAUCCUAAGUACAUAGCACUCUCCUAUGCUUGGGGAGACUCAACAGCCACUCGCGCCAUCAUCCUAGACGGACGAAACGUUCAAGUCACUGAGAAUCUGGAGUCGGCGCUGAGGCAUGUGGCGAGCAGCUUUGGGAACGAUGAAGAACCAGGGCCGACACUAUGGGUCGACGCUAUCUGCAUCGACCAGCACAACGAGUCUGAGAGGACGCAGCAAGUCGCCCAGAUGGGCGCCAUCUUCAGCACGGCGACAAGAACCAUGAUAUGGCUGGGACCGGCCGACGAGCAUAGCGACCUUGCUAUCGAGACGCUGCACACACUGGGGAGGAGAGGACUAAGGCUCCACGACCACCACUUGCAUUUCCAAACUUCUUCAUCCUUGCACCUCACCAACAUGGCGAUUCAGAUUCUCUCUGACUUACACUUGGAGUCGCCCAAGGCGUAUGACGUCUUUAAGAUCACCCCGAAAGCCCAAAUCUUGGCUUUGCUGGGAGAUAUUGGAAAUAUUGCGGCUCACAAGCACGACUGUCUCACCUUCCUGACCCAACAACUUCGCCAAUUCCGCGUCGUGCUGUUCGUCCCCGGAAAUCACGAAGCGUAUCGAUCAAGCUGGCACGAAACACUCGAGAUUCUUCGCGCAUUUGAGAAAGACGUUAGUGCCAACCCGUCGCUAGGGCAAUUUGUCUUGCUGGACCGAACAAUUUUCCAGGUGCCCGAUACGAACAUCGUUGUAUUAGGGUGUAGCCUCUUCUCUCACGUUCCUCCUGAAAGCCACGACCACGUCUCCAUGGGACUACAAGACUUUUUUCAAAUAGAAGAGUGGGACAUUGACCCGCAUAAUAUCGCCCACAAACGGGACCUGGCCUGGCUCAACACCCAGGUCACAGAACUCGAGCAGUCUAAUGUGCGGAUCAUCAUCUUCUCGCAUUGGAGCCCUUCAAAUGACAGUCGUGCUCUGGACCCGAGGCAUGCUACAAGCCCUAUCACGCCAGGCUUUGCGACGGAUCUGUCGGAUGAAGCAUGCUUCAAGAGCGGCAAAGUCAAGAUUUGGGCGUUUGGCCACACGCAUUUCAACUGUGAUUUUACUGUUGAACGGGAUCAAGGAGCUGAGCCUUUGAGGCUUGUUACAAACCAAAGAGGAUAUUACUUUUCUCAAGCCGCUGGCUUUGAUGAGGAGAAGCUUCUAGAGUAG